UAAACAGGGGUUUGAUUCUCCCUCGUCUUACGAGAAUGUAUUUUAGACAGUCUUGGACUCAUUAAAUGCCUGAAACGUUUGGUGCGUUCAAGGAAUAAGCGCGUUUGCGGCAGACCGCCUCGAACUGUGAGUCGCAAUAAUCGAUAAUCAUCGACCUAAAUUGAGCGGCAAAAAUUUCCCUCCAUAAACCCUGAGAGUUCUCUAACUUUAAGUCUUUAAGUGAGAAACCAAAUCUGUGAAAGACGAAUUUGCAGAGACAAUGAAAGGGAAUAAGAAACUUAAUUCGAUUUUCGAAAACUGCCAUGAAACUGCGUCUCAGGAAGCUUUUCUACGGAGCUGCGGCUUUGCACGACGAGGUGGUGUUCCUCCAGAUUCCGAUCCCUCCGUCGGAGUCUCGCCACCGUUAAACGACGGAGUCUCACCUCACCGAGCUUCCGAUGAUUCUGAGACGGAUAGUAUAAUCGGUGACGGCGAGGAUUUGGUGGAGAGUCAUGCGAUUCGAUUCGUCUCUCCGCCGGAAAGCGCGGAUACCGUUGAUUUAGAGGAGGUAGCAGCAGAUCGGACGGUUCCUGUGGAAGAUGAAGAAAGUGGUUCAAUUUCUUUGGAGAAAUCAGGUAACCUGUUGUUUUCCGAUCGACGAUCGUCAUCUUCAGGGAAGCCUCGAGAUGAGAGGAUGGAAUCACCAGCGAAGAAACUGAAAAUUCCUUUGAGGGAUGUUGUGAAAGCCAUAGUUAUGAAUUCGAGGAACGCAGAGGAAGAAGACAGAGAGGUUGAGAAGAUUAGCUACGUGCAAAUGCUCGUGAAAAAAGGUUUCAAAUUCCCUGGAGGAACACAAACCCCAUCAGGAAAUUAAGGUGAUUUUCAAUUGAAUUUUCGAUAUUUUCCCUUGAAUCAGACGAGUAUCGGAAAUGAAUGUAAUCUAGGGUUCUUCAAGGUCAAGUUUUUUCUUCGUGUUGUGAUUCUUGAUGAAGAUAGGAAUGUAAAUGAUGCUUUUUCUUGUACAAUUCAUCUCUCAGAAACUAA